AUGCCUCGUAUAGCCCUAGACGCCCCAUAUUGCUUUAUGUCGCAUGCCAGACACAUAGUCAUAUCAGUCUUCAAGACGCCUCGUAUAGGGCCAUACGAGGCGUCUUGGUCCCUUCGUAUUGCUCCCUCGUACCGGCCUACACGCCCGUCUGAUGUGACUGAUGUGACGUUGUACGGGGUUCAGUGGACAGCUAAGCCUGAACAGAGGUCCGAUCAGAGGGUCGUCACUCAAAGGUGCCUCCACAGACGAUAUUCAGGGGUUGUGUGGAAAGCCAUGAAUAAGCAGACCGGAGAGGUUGUUGCGAUCAAGAAACUCCUCGAAGAAUAUCACACAGCGGAAGAGUGCAUGAACUUGAUAGAAGUCAAGGAAUGCGAUCUCUACAAGCUUAUGGUUGCAAGAAUGAAGCCGUUCUCCGAAACCGAAAUAAGAAACUUGUGCUUCCAAAUCUUUCAAGGUCUUGCACACAUGCACAAGAAAGGCUACUUUCACCGUGACCUCAAACCUGGGAACCUUCUUGUAUCCAAGAAUACGGUAAAGAUCGGCGAUCUUGGUAUGGCCCGCGAGACGAAUGGUAAACCGCCAUACACUCAAAAUGUUACAACGUUAUGGUAUCGUGCUCCGGAGGUGUUUCUACGUUCGUCAUUUUACAAUUCUUCAGUUGAUAUGUGGGCUGCUGGUGCAAUCAUGGCUGAGUUAUUUACCAACCAACCAUUGUUUCAAGGUUCUUCUGAAGCAGAUGUAAUGCAUAAAAUCUGUCGAGUGUUAGGCACCCCAACUGAAAGUACGUGGUUCUCGGGACUUGAUCUUGCUGAAAACAUAAGCUAUCGGUUUCCUGAUUUUCCUGGUGUGCGGUUUUCUGAACUAUUGCCGAAUGCAAGCUCUGAUGCGGUUAAUCUUAUUGCAUCACUUCUUUCAUGGUGUCCCUGUGAAAGGCCCACAGCCAUGCAAGCUCUUCAGCAUCCUUUUUUUCACGGCUGUUACCGCGUGCCUCCAACCGUCCGCCUUGAAGACACAUGUUGUAACAUUCUUAAUUCCGUACCACUCGUGUUCAGAAUCGCAAGGCAACGAGAGCUGUUGAAGGGGACAAGAAGCUUAAGAAGUUGUGCGAGUGGGUCAGAAAGAGUGGAUCCAAGUGAAGAUCCGAUUUCCAAGCUCCGGUUAAAUCCAUUUGUGUUUUUGAAGUAA